AUGGGGCGAGGGCCCGGGCGCUGUGCGGGGAGAGCCCCGCGGCGACGCCUCCUUCCCUGCCGGCGCGGCCCAGAUGAGGACAGCAACCUGGACCCGUCGCCCCUGCCCGACCUCGACUCGGAGAGCUGCUUCCCAGCCCGUGAGGAAGAGGAGGAGGAGGAAGAGCGCUGGCUGGAUGCGCUGGAGAAGGGAGAGCUGGACGACAACGGGGAGCUCAAGAAGGAGGUGGAUGAGUCCUUGCUCACGGCCAGGCAGAAAGCGCUGCUGCACAAGCAGCAGAGCCAGCCGCUGCUCGAGCUGCCCAUGGGCUACAAGACCAAGGAGCUGACGGAGGAGAUGCUGGUGAAGCGCGAGGAGCGGGCGCGCAAGCGGCGCCUGCAGGCGGCCAAGAAGGCGGAGGAGAACAAGAACCAGACCAUCGAGCGCCUCACCAAGACCAACAAGGCCAAGGUGAAGACUCUGCGCGAGCGCAAGGCCAAGCAGGCGCCCUGCCCCGUCGUGCACUACUGCAACACGGCCGAGUGCAUCACCGUGUCCUUCCCGGCC